UGAAAAUGAAAUGUUGUUUAUUGAGAUCAUCAUCCAAUUUGCAAUAUGCUGGCAGUUUAACUGGAUGGAAAAAAUUUCCUGCUCACAUCAACCCAGCCAAGCAGACAGCUCUCUUCUCUGACCAGCGGUCGAGAUACCAUGAUGCAAAUAAGGAUUUUAAUUUUUGCAUCGAUUAUACUCCCAUGGAUACUGGUGUCUGCUGCAAAAGAUGAAUAUGUGGAAGCAAGAAAACCUACAACGGAGAUUGUGAAUAUUCCAGACAAUGACUUCCAACAAGACUCAGACGCUGAUCUUGCAGUAGCUCAAAAAGCCAGCGAAUUGCCAACAUGUCUAAUGUGCGUGUGCCUGAGUGGAUCUGUUUACUGUGAGGAGGUGUCCCCCGAAAUAACGGCUGUCCCAUCGCUGCCAAAAGAAACAGCUUAUCUUUACGCACGUUUCAACAAAAUCAACAAAAUAAGCAACAAAGAUUUUGCCGACAUGGCUACAUUAAGAAGAAUUGACCUAACUGGGAAUCUCAUUGAUAAGAUAGAGGAUGGAGCUUUUUCAAAACUCCCCCACCUCGAGGAGCUUUCUCUGGCAGAAAAUAGACUGACCACACUUCCCAUGCUGCCUGUGAAGCUGGAAUAUUUCAAUGCCAAUUCCAACAGGCUUAGAACCCAGGGUGUAAAGGCAAAUGCUUUUAAAAAACUCACCAGCUUGGCAUAUCUUUACCUUGGAAACAAUGAACUGACAGCAGUGCCCCAACUUCCAGAGUCUCUUCAUGCUGUGCACCUGCAUAACAAUAAAAUCUCAACAAUAACAGAUGAGACAUUCUGCAAAGGCAACAACAGCCACUACAUCCGACCCAACUUGGACCAGGUGAGACUGGAUGGAAACCCGCUCAAGUUAUCGCAGCAUCCUGACAGCUUCAUCUGCCUGCAAUCUCUCCCAAUUGGCUGGUACAACUGA